UUAAUGGUAAGCUGGUUUUCAUAUUACCAUAUGACCAGGAGCCUGUCUUCUUUCAGUAGAAGUAUAGCUUCAGGGAAUUCCCACAGUCCAAAAUAUAUCCCACCGUUUAGGAUCAGGUUUGAUCCGUUGAUGAACAGUGAUAUCUGUGUAUAGUUGACCACACGUGACCAGGUUUAAAACCUUUAGUCAGAGACCUCAGAUUUCCACAGCCUUUUCUAAAUGAAUUGGGUACCAUGCAAAUUCCAGGAUCCAUCAUUAUCAGGUAGAUGAAGCAAACUGUUAACCUUUUAACCUUUUAGAACCGUUUCAGAUUGAGAAACCGCUAUAUAUGUCAGUUGGGCAGUUUGAUAGGGGUGUAAGGGCUGUGUGGAUAUUUAAGGUCGUUCGUUUGUUGUUGAGUCGUGGCAAAUACCCAAAUGGCACAUUGUCAGGCUACAGUAGUUGGGAAAUCUACCCACGAAGUAUUUUGGUUAUAUUUUUCAAAUUUUGGUGAUUUUAAGUGAUCGGGUUGUGUCCUUCAGAGAGGAUUUGUAAUCUGAUUAUGACCUUCCAGAGCGCUUCAAGGCCUUGCAAAGAUGAGGAUUAUGAGGUCUGAAAUGGGCUGAUGGGAUUGUAGAACUGGGGUCUUGUUUCAGCUUAAGAUUAGCUUUAACUUCUUUUUGGGUGUGUUCUUGUCUGUAUCAAAUGCUUCUGGAUAAACUGUGUAUGUUUUUUAAUCGACCUUUUAAUUUUACUCAGCAAUCCAUCAUCAGGAACUGUGUUCUUGUCUGUAAAAGCUCUUACAGAGGGUUACAAGGAUUGAGGGAUUUGAGCUGAGAAGUGGGUUUGUAGGAUUGAAGAAUUUGGGUCUUGUUUGUCCAGAUUAGAAGUUGUUUUAGCCCAAAAUUGAUUUUAGCUGUAUUUUUGGGUGUUUCAAGAAGAGUGCGAUGAGCUCUAUGAACAGGGUAGGCAUUGGUCUGGGUGUUGUGUUUGGGUGUUUUGUGCUGGCUCUCAUGGUAAAGAUUUACUGUGUGUUUUGGUGGAGAAAGCGGCUCAACUCAGCAGUAGCACAGGAACAGCAACAUGAGGAGCAGGAUGAAGAUGCUUAUAUCUGCAGGAGCCCCUCAAAAGAACUGUUUUAUUUGUUCUGUUGGAGGAAACAGGGUUCCAUGAGUAGCAGAGCACUGAAUACCAAUGCCUCAAGUGAAUCAGUUGACAGCAGGAUUAUAAAUUUUGAAGGUGAUGCUCAUGUUGUUUUAACCACGUCUCCAGAGUCCUCACCGGUACACCCAGAGUUUGUCAAUAAGGUAUUAGCUGAGGGGAUGGAUGCUGAGCUCAUGAGAAUACAUGGCCUAUUGGGUCCUCCUAGAAUUCUUUUUACUAUCAAGGAGGAGACCAAGGAAGACAUGGAGUCUGAGGAUGGAAGAUCCAAGAAAAGCAAGAGAGGAUCUCAUAGCAGAAGCUUCAGUGAUCUUUUGAGUCAGAUAGGUUCUGAGACUGGAGGUUUUCCCAUGAUCAGCAGUCCUUCUGAUUCAGCCCCAUUCAUUACACCCUCAUCCUCACCUCCAUUUAACACCCCCUUCACAACCCCUCCUCUCACUCCUCUCCAUCAUUCUCCUCCUUACAAAUUAAAUUACAACUCUUAUCCUGCUGCCGCUGCUGCUGAUUUAUCUCUGUCAUCUGGAUAUCCCAAUACUGAUGAGAAUUUGUCAAAGGCUGGUACCGCUAAUCUUGCUGUGGGAACUGAUGAUGAUGGAUCUUUGUCCAAUUCUCCUACACUUUCAGGUGAUGAGAAUGCUUCUUUCAUUACCAUUUUUGUAAAUAAUGACUCCUACAAAUUCAAGUCUUAAACCUUUUUGGGAUUUAUGUAAAUUCCCUUCAUCAACUAAGGUGGGUUUUGUGGGCUUAGAGCUUCCAUUCUAUAGGAAGUACCCUAACUUUAUCAUCUAAUUGUCUAUGAGACCACCGCUUCAAUAUUGAAGAUUGAAGUUUUUGAUUUCAGGCUCCCAACUAGGCCUUAUUAAAACUACAACAGUUUAUGGUCUUCUUGUGCAUGCUUAUUGAUUUUUGUGUAAACUGAUGAAAGUGGUGUACAAACAGUGGUAAUGAAUCUGAUUUUAAAGAUUAUUUGUUAUA